CUGCGUACUGCGCUCGCUGGAGGAUCCGGGCUCCCGAGCUCGCCGUUGUUGUUUCGCCCGCCGCCGGGAGCCGGGCCCUGCCGCGCACGCAGCCCAGUUGCCUCGAGCGAGCAGCCGAGCCCGGCCGCGCAGACUGCAAGAAAUUUGAAGUUCAUUUGCGUUUCCCUUCCCUCAAAUCUUCAGCCUCCUGAUUGAUGCAAGAGGGAAGUGGAGGGCCUUCAUUACUCUUCCCAUUUCACUGUUUCCUGGUAUUUGCAAGACAUGGGGAAAUCCUUUUCUCACCUGCCUUUACAUACGUGUAAGGAAGAUGGCAGUGAUGGAGGUACAGCAUCUGAAAACAUGAGGAAUGGAUUAGUUCACUCUGAAUCCCAUAGUGAAGAUGGAAGAAGUGGGGAUGUGUCACAGUUCCCAUAUGUGGAAUUUACAGGAAGAGACAGUGUCACUUGUCCCACUUGCCAGGGAACAGGGAGAAUUCCACGUGGGCAGGAAAACCAGCUUGUGGCACUGAUUCCAUACAGUGAUCAGAGGCUGAGGCCAAGAAGAACAAAGCUUUAUGUGACUGCUUCUGUAAUAGUAUGCUUACUCCUUUCUGGUCUGGCUGUAUUCUUCUUAUUUCCUCGUUCCAUCGAUGUCGAAUACAUUGGAGUGAAGUCAGUAUAUGUCAGUUAUGAAACAAGUAGGCGCAUAAUAUAUCUAAAUAUUACGAACACCCUAAAUAUAACAAACAACAAUUACUAUUCUGUUGAAGUGGCAAACAUUACAGCCCAAGUUCAGUUUUCAAAAACAGUUAUUGGGAAGGCACGGCUAAACAAUAUCACCAACAUUGGUCCACUGGAUAUGAAGCAGAUUGAUUAUAUGGUGCCCACAGUCAUACAAGAUGAAAUGAGCUACAUGUUUGAUUACUGUACCUUGCCAUCUAUUAAAGUGCAUAACAUAGUAGUCAUGAUGCAAGUGACAGUGACAACCUCUUACUUUGGCCACUCUGAACAAAUAUCCCAGGAGAGAUACCAGUAUGUAGACUGUGGUGGAAACACGACUUACCAAAUGGGCCAAUCAGAAUAUUUAAACGUACUUCAACCUCCACAAUAAAAGCGGCACAGUGGAUGAUGCAGAAAGAAAAAGAUGGCUGUUGUUGCUGCCAGACUUCAUCUUAGUAGAACUGUUGAUCAGAUUUGCUACUAUUUAAAAGGGGAUGUGUGUGUGUGUAAAGUUUAGCAACCCUGAAGGUCUGUUCGCUUAUAAUAUGAUCUGUGGGAGAAGGAAAAGUGCAAAAUGUAUAUAGCCACAAUUGUUGAACAGUGUAUUUCUCCUUCUGUUUACUAUUAUGAUAUGUAGACAUUUCUAUCAAAUUGUUUCACUAGAAAAAUGCAUCUUAAAUUUUCAGACGGAGAACUUGAAUGAUUGCCUACAGCACAAUGUGGCUACAAGAAUUUUAAAGUAAAUGUGCAUAUAUUUAUCUGUAUAGAUGAAACAAUGUCACUAAGGAACAUUUGUAAGAGAGGAAUAAAUAUAUAAGCUAAAAGUUAAAUACUAAGAACUGAAACUAUAACAAAUAGUAUAGAUCAAGGUUUCUAUUUAAGUCACCAGUUUCCUUUAGAGUGUCUGGAUAUGUCUAUAUAUGUGGUAACUUAUAGUCCUUGAGGAUGCAUUAGUAAACUUAUGGAAAAACAGCUUUCUUUGUAUUGGAAUUCUGUUUUAGAUAUGCUUCCAUUACAGGUUAACUGCUUGAUUUUAUUAUUUCCCACUCUGUAAACACAAACAAAACUCCUAUUGACUUGAAGGAAGGUUUUUGUUUCCUUGAAUGUGGAAUUUUGGAUCUGGUGUUAAGUUGGCUACUAUUCUUUUGUUUUUGUUUCUACCUCCUCCCUACCCCUAACCCAGGAGGGGAAGUUUAAAGAAAAUGUUCAUUAUUCAUAUUUUUAAAAACGAAUAAUGCAUAUGACAAAAAUUCAUGACUGCUUUGCAAAAUUCAUCAUUGAGUUAAAGAAAAAUGUUGAAGUCUCUAUUGGAUAAUGAAAAAUACAAAAUGCAUAAAGUUAUUUAAUUUUUUGUAGUAGUAGCUUGGAGUACAAGUGUAUCACUUUCAAGUUUACACAGAAUCACUUAAACUAUACAUACUAAGUCUAGAUAUGGCUUUUGGGCAACUAAGUGUAAACUGAAAAUAUAACUAGUUGCCCAAAUCCUCUUAAGCCCUUACACUUCACAUUAUGAGAUUGGAGAGUGACUUUUUUUUUUUUUUUUUUUUUGUAAAAGUGCAAGUGCCUAUGCAAAUACUAAACUACAAGAACUCAAAUAUGGCUACUUUCUGAUAACAAAAUAAUCCAGAGUAAAUGUCUUCAGUGUCACUGCAUGCCAGGUAUAAUUGGCCGUGGAACUGUGUGCUUAUGCAUUUCACCUUGUGAGGCGCAUAAUUUAAUUUAGAUUUAAUAUUAAAAUUUCUUUGAUUUUUCAAGACUACCUUUAAUGUGUUUUAAAACACUUUUGUUCUUUUACUUGAAUCCAAAUAAUGUCUUCAAUUUUAGUUAAAAGAAUCCUGAUUUAGUUAGUUCAAAUUGGAUACUUUACAGGUUAAUGUAUACUUGCCAUUGAGCGGUUAGAUUGUUAAUUUGAAAUGAACAGUAUUUUUAAAAAACAGGAACUGCAGCUUUAAUGCUUCCAUAUCUUUCUAACAUAGGAUAUUAAAAAUAAGAAUCCAGUUCAUUGGCAGUAGUGUUAUAGUCUAAAGGUAACUUUUCAGUUAAGAAAUGGUCUGAAAGCUUGAAAAUGUAAUUUUGUUGUUGUUGUUCGUUGUUUUUUGUUUUCCCCUUCACAUUUUUUGUUGUAUGUAGCUAAACUUCACAAUUUAAAAAAAAAAAAGAAAAGUUACUCUGCUAUAAGUGAUGGUCCUGCUAAGGGUUCUGCAUGGGUGUAAAGGUGUGCCUGCCUAUAUCCCUUUCCGUUACUGGACUUUAAGUCAUCACAUUUCUGUAAAUAGUGUUGGUCAGGUCACACUGAUUGAACCAAAAGACACAAUGCUGGCAUUACAAAACCAAGUUACUUCUUGGCUUCUUAAAAAUAUUUUUUGGUAGGUGGUUGUAAACUUGAAAAAUGGUGAAUAAACAGAAUCAAAAAAGUUAUACUGCACUUAAUAUAACCUAGUGCUGUUAUAUACAUAAACGUAGUUGCAAAUGCCCAGUCUUUGACUAUGGCUGGCAAUAGCAAAGUAUGCCUGGGGUUGGGGUUGGUGAUUGGUGAUACUAGGUUGGCUGUGUGGGGAGUUUGUACCAGUAUUUGUGUGGAACAGCUAACUGCCGACAGUUUAAGAGGGCUGAUUUCUCAGCCAAUGACUAGGAUAUAGAGAGGCUCUGGCCAGACCCAUGUACCAGCAGCAGAGAGUACUGUGUGGUAAGAGUUGCUACUUUUAGGGCACUUUGCCACUGCAGGAUCUUCCUAAAUCAUAGUGUAUUUCUUUCUGGAUCUGGCCAUGCCAGAUUUAAGGCCAGAACCUGCCAAUGGUACAGUGCAAAACGUUCUGUGAACAAAACUGUGGGUUCAGAAAUAGACUGAAACUCUUAUGUAAUUUUACUUCUAUAUAAUCUUUUAAGUAUUGGCUAUUUUGAGACAAUGAUCCAUUAAUAAAAUGUGUCUUGCCGUGAA